CGGCUCGCCUUUGUUUAGCCGCGAUUCCACAAGCAUCUACUCGGCACGGUACGGCUCGUCUCAUCUUUGUUUGCGAGCGUUUCCAUACGGACUAGUGCCUGGCAUCAGGCACUAUUUUCAGCACCUUCUCGGCUGAGGUUCCCAGCGAGCUGAGAUGAGCCGAUAAUGUGGCGUUUACAUAGUGCAGGCCACUGAUUGGACAGGGAGUGACGACACACAGAGCAACUCCAGCAUGAAAACAAAACCCUGCAUAAAAAAAACAACUGUAAACAGCGACGGUGUGCAUUGCCCUUCACGGAACUCUGUUCUUCAUAAUUUUAAUAUGAUGGUCCACCAAGGACCACAACGGCCGGCAUGGGUCAACCAGGAGGUGUUGGAAGAGGUUUAAUGGAAGCUAUUUACUGGCACCGCACCGCCAGCAACAGGAGAGAGACUCAGCUGCUGCAUUGUUUCAGACGUUCGACAACGAAUCCCUUUCCACAUGCGAAGCCUGCUCCACCUCCGUCAUGGAGCCCCCAGCUCCCCUGCCUCCUCUCCAGCACCAGCAGCGGCUCCUCUCCAGCACCAGCUUCAGCACCAGUACCAGCUCGGACACCGACACUGUCAACAUCAACCUCCAGCACGUAACAACAACGUCUUAUCACCGGUAAGACACAGUAAACAGAGAGCAUGGUUGAUUUUCGCAUUGUUAUUAUUACUACAGGUGUAAAUGCCUGCAAGCAUGAUCAGAACAGUGAGACCAACGACCAAGAAUUCAGGCAGGUGUAAAUGCAAACUGUGCAGCAUGCCAGCUCAGGAACGCCUGAUGAAAGCUACAUGUAGCUACAGUGACACAUAAACAGAACACAUGCAGCAGCAUUUUUUUUUCCAUUGACUUAACAAGCAAGUCACUCUAAUUAAUUUACGUUCUGGUGCAGUGUAGUAUUGCAACCAUUCUUCUUAUAGUCACUAGGUAGCUGUGAAA